GAACAGAACUUCCGCUUCCUGAAUAAGCAAAACACGUGCACUGGUCGAUAUCUGUGUGGAGUGCCUGCGGACCAUUUCUGAAUCGCUAAGCCUUAUAAUUAAUAAUAAUUUUACCUCCACAAUGCGGCCGUUAACAGAAGACGAAACAAAGACCAUGUUCGAGAAACUCUCAAAGUAUAUUGGAGAGAACAUAAAGCUUUUGGUGGAUCGCCCAGAUGGAACAUACUGCUUCAGACUUCACAACGACCGUGUAUAUUACAUCAGUGAGAAAAUUCUGAAGUUGGCCACCAAUAUUUCUCGGGAGAAGUUGGUCUCUGUGGGUACAUGCUUUGGAAAAUUCACCAAAACCCAGAAAUUCCGCCUGCACAUCACAGCAUUGGACUUCCUAGCUCCUUACGCAAAGUUCAAGGUGUGGGUGAAGCCCGGAGCGGAGCAGUCGUUUCUUUAUGGGAACCAUGUUCUGAAGUCGGGCCUGGGCAGAAUCACGGAGAACACGGCACAGUACCAGGGCGUUGUGGUGUACUCUAUGGCAGAUGUACCGCUGGGCUUUGGAGUGGCUGCAAAGUCCACACAGGAGUGUCGGCGAGUGGACCCCAUGUCCAUCGUGGUCUUCCACCAGGCCGAUAUUGGGGAGUACAUCAGGAGCGAGGAUACUCUCACAUAAAACAAAUUCUCAUCACUCAAGACUGUACCGGCAACGGGCCCCUGGGGAGCACCAGUACUGAUCCUUCCUACUUGCCCUGCUGACCAGUGAACACAGACUGUUUGGAAGCUCUGCAUCAGCAAGCAGCCCUGAACCGGCAGGACAAGACUGCUGACAGCCUGCAGUGUCCGCAUCGUUCUCCUGGCACGCUGACGCAGAGCGGGGCUCGUGACACGCUGUAUAUCACAGCAGGGAUCUUCCCCUGAGAUUAAAUAAAUGUUUUAUGAGAUCUUUUUUUCCCACUGUUGAAAAUAGACUGAAACAGUACUCUUUUCCUUGGUCAACAUGUUUUAGUGAUGUUCUCAUGCUAACAGAGUAAGCAGUUGACAAAUUAAAAAAUUUAAAAGAAA